UGCGCACGCGCGUUCGAGCAAGGGGAGGGAGGUAAACAAGAUGGCGGCAGCCUUGAAGCAGCAGCAGCUGUGAAGAACAGAUGCGAGAAAAUAAACGGAUGAAGAGCAGAAUAGGAAUAUAAGCGUGAGUUCCCGCCCGUCAUCGAGCUGUGCGGAUGAGAGCAGCUUCAGGUAUUUAUUUUGGAUCUUGAACAUGGAUUUCCCGUAAUGCUGAAGUGAAAUCACUAAUCCUCAUUCCUGAUCGCAGCGUACCAAAGAGAGCGUUGACGUGCUUCUGGAGCUGUGCGGACCGAGGACCUACAGCUGGACGCUCUGGAUCUGACUGAAGCGGAUUUGAUUUUUCCUGUUCCUGCAGAGAUGUCAAGAGGUCCAGACGUCGGCUAAUUAAAACCAGGAAACUAUAAAACACUUGUUUGUUUCCCUGAGAGGUUGUUUUUGUGAUUUCUUUUUGGCUCACCGACCCGGCCGUCGAGCGAUGCUGCGGUUCAACAGGCAUUUGUUAUUCUACUGACUGGUCUUCCCCAAUCAGAACUGCUCCUCCGUUGCCUCGGAAUACAAAUAUUCCCGACGAGCGUUUGGGAAAGCGAGCGGGAGGCCGGAGAAGAUGAGCGUAGGCGGUGAGCUCCAGCAUCUGGACUACCUGACGGAGAAUGAGCUCAUGGGGAUGGACACCUUCAUCCACCGCAUCGACUCCACCGAGGUCAUCUACCAGCCCCGACGCAAGCGCGCCAAGCUGAUCGGGAAGUACCUGAUGGGCGAUCUGCUCGGGGAGGGAUCGUACGGGAAGGUGAAGGAGAUGUUGGACUCGGAGACUCUGUGUCGCAGAGCCGUUAAGAUCCUGAAGAAGAAGAAACUCAGGAGAAUUCCCAACGGAGAGGCCAAUGUGAAAAAGGAGAUUCAGCUGCUAAGACGACUACAGCACAAAAAUGUCAUCCAGCUGGUGGACGUGCUGUACAACGAAGAGAAGCAGAAAAUGUAUAUGGUGAUGGAGUAUUGUGUCUGUGGAAUGCAAGAAAUGUUGGAUAGCGUUCCAGAGAAAAGAUUUCCAGUAUUUCAAGCUCACGGGUACUUUUGCCAGCUUCUGGAUGGUCUUGAAUACUUGCACAGCCAGGGAAUUGUACACAAAGAUAUUAAACCAGGGAAUUUGCUGCUCACUACAGACGGGGCGUUGAAGAUCUCUGACUUGGGUGUAGCAGAGGCACUCCACCCCUUUGCGGAGGACGACACGUGUCGGACGAGCCAGGGGUCGCCAGCGUUUCAGCCACCAGAGAUCGCCAACGGCCUGGACACGUUUUCAGGGUUUAAGGUGGACAUCUGGUCUGCUGGGGUCACACUAUACAACAUAACGACGAGCCUGUACCCGUUCGAAGGGGACAACAUCUAUAAGCUAUUUGAGAACAUUGGGAAGGGUGACUACACUAUUCCGGAGGAGUGCGGCCCGCUGCUCUCAGACCUGUUGAGAGGGAUGCUGGAAUAUGAUCCUGUGAAGAGGUUUUCAAUACAGCGCAUCAGACAACACAACUGGGUCCGUAAGAAACACCCGCCCUCGGAGCCGCCCGUCCCCAUCCCGCCCAGCGCAGAAAUACGGGACCCCUGGCGCAGCAUGACAGUUGUGCCGUACCUGGAGGAUCUCCAUGGUUACGCUGAGGAAGAGGACGAUGACGAGCUGUUCGAUGGGGAAGAUGACAUCAUAUACACUCAGGACUUCACGGUACCAGGGCAGGUUCCAGAGGAUGAGGAGGAUGAGGAAGAGCGCGCUCCGGAGCGCACCUGUGCUGUGGCCAAGCCGGUGUGUGUGAACGGGACGGAGUCGGCGGCACUGAAACCCAAAUCCGAGCGGCGCUCCAGCUCUUCCUCCAAUCCAUCCAGGAAGGGAAUUUCUGCCGCCAGCAAGAUCCGCAAACUUUCCACCUGCAAGCAGCAAUGACCCGAUCCGGCUGUUGUGCUGCACACCUGCGCCUCCUCUGUACAGGUUUAUGUUGUUUCCCAGCAGUCGAUACUGAACGCUGUUCCCGACGCACAUUUUUCUGCCAUGACGAUGAACUCAAACACGGUGCCAGGACACUCGUUUCUCUCGUCUGUCUCGAUCUGGAAGGGACUGACUUGACUUGAGAAUGCUGUUCCCACAAUCCUCCUCUGUCACUGAGGAUCAUCCGUUCGGUUUCUCCUCGCGCCUCGAUCCCCAUCAGCACCCGAAGACGUGUGGACGACGCACCUUCCGUUUAGUUUUAGACCGUCUUUUAAUUUACAGUUAUUACCUGCAGUUUAAAUGCAGAUGGUUUGAUGUAAAGAAUGACAUCAGUUAUUGUAGAGAAAAUAUGCUGCAGAUGAUGAUGAUGAUGAUUAUACCAAUGUUAAAAACUAAAAACUGCAUGCUGUGACGCGUUCGGAGAGGACGGUGGACGGAGAGCUGCUCGCCGCAGGACGUUUGGGUUCAUUUUUCCCCAUUUGGUUUGUUUUUCCCGAUAAAUAUUUUUUAAGUAUUAUUUAUAUAAAACACAUCCCAACUGAA